AUGGGCAAAAAAUUGGCUAAUUGUCAAGAAACCAAUCCUAACCUUUCGUUAGGUGAUUUGGAAGACAAAGAACAAUCUAAUGAUGACCACAUGGAAGUAGAUGUUAAAUCCGUCGACGAUCGAGACGACAAUAAAUACGACUUGUGUGAAUUGAUUCCGGGUCUUUAUCGGUUGCUGGAUUUGUGUAAGGACGAGGGAUCAAACGGUUUAGUUGAUAAGAUCAUUAUUUCAAAUGAAUACGUUCAAAAACUUUGUAAUGAAGCGGUUUCAAAUAGCUGCAGAUCAAUUUCGAAAAUCGACUUUGAACUAUUAAACACGCGCGAAAUCAAACUCAUUGGUUGUUAUGGUAAAAACUCACUCAUCGCAAAACUUUUAUUGACGAAAGGAAUCGUCGAUCAAUCUAUGUAUGAAUCGCUUUUGGUACCUCAUGUUUUGAGUGCCGUUAACGGUAAAAGUCCGGUUCCAACUUUAAGGCCUGGUAUUUAUCUUCUGCAAUUAGAAGAGGAAUUUCAGAGAUUCAUGGUCAUACACUGGAGCGAGGAUGGUUGUUACAAAGACACCGCGUCAUCUUACACAAAGAAAAAUUUGACUAAUUUGCACAGAUACUUGACAAAAAUCACAACUCAUCAGAUAUGUCUCAUGGACGAGAACGAUGUUUUGGAAGAUUUUGACUGGCAAAUUUUUGGAAAAGAUGAAAGUUUUGAAGGGGAAUCCGAGGACUCUGAAGAAGAUAGCAUCGCUUAUAACUUCGAAGUUAAGAAAAGUCAAGAACAAAAGGAAAAUUUUGAAAUCUUUCCGGGUUUUGAUACACCAUUUGAAAAAUUGACCCAUCCUGGUGAUGACCAUUCAUUGAGUCCAUUAAUUGUUGAAUCGGUGUCAAAUCAAACAUUUCUUACCCGAGAAAUAGUACCGUCCACAAAAACUACCGAGCAAGGAUAUCAAAAAUAUGGUUCCUUAGGCAAGUUGCAAGAUUAUUUCCAGCAAAGGCUUGAGACUCAGAAGUGCGCCCUUAGAUUUAGUCGUCUUUUGACCAUUGAUAAAUUGAAGAUCAUUGUUAAGGAUGUCCUGAGGCUUCCAGAACUUUUCGAUCCUUAUGAAGUUGACUUGAAACAUCUUAAGAAAAAUAAAGUUGACAUAAAGAGUAAUGCGAAAAAAAGGAUCCAAGAAGACAUGAAGGUUGUAGAAAAGUUUGUGAAAUAUCAGUUGAAGGAAACUUACAGAGGUUUCGAAGACACGCGACCAGACGUGUCCCUACAUGAAGAUGAAAUCGACCGUAUCAAGACAAACUACAGUGAUGUCGAAUCGCAGAUACAAAGUUUGAUCAACAAAAUUUCACCGGAUUCAUGGUAUGAUAGCAAGAUUCGAUUUCUCUUUGCAAGACGUUGUGCUGAUUUAGGUGCAGAAGAGAAAUAUUCAGUACAUGAAGUAUUCUUUAAUGAGGAAAAAAGUUUCAACGCCUUGGUAAAGAAAUACAUAACAGAGGAAAGUAAUCGUGGUUUGUUGAAAUACUUUUUCGGAAGUUACGCUACCGGAAAUAGCGAGAGUGCUAGAGAUAUAAUUGACAGUGUUAAGCAGGAGGCCAAAAAAAUUCCUGAUAAUGAAUUUGUGCACCAGAUAUUUGAACUUGGAGACAAGUUGAUCGCGGCGAAGUUUAUGGAAAAAUAUGAAUAUUGGAGAAAGCAAGUACUUCCAUAUAAUGAAGGGUUAAUGAUUCAAAAUAUUCAACAAGAAAAAGAAAGAAUUCAAGAUAAAUAUUAUGAACGUGAAUAUCAGGAUAGAAAUCGAGAAAUCGAAAGGAAACAUUUUGACGAAAUAUGCGACAAACUCGAGUUACUUUACUCGGGAGGUGACCUUUUGACGAUUUUAGAUGUGGAACGUACAGUAUCCGGAUUCGUGGGUUAUAUAACAUACUCAUACAAAUUAUUCCGGGAAAUUGAGAUUUCUCGCCCGGAGCAAUUACGCAUUACCAUUUACAGUACUCAACUCAGUCAGGCUGAUGCACUUGAGAUCGUUAAGAAUGAGCUCUUUAUUCCACAACCGAUGAUACACACGUGCGGUGGAAAUCAUGGCAUUUCUUUUGAAAUUGUUCCAGAAACAUAUGACUUCAAGUACAUCGCACAGUUCGAUCGAAAGUUUCUGAUCUUUCUUUGGAAUAAAAUAACAAAUAAACUGGAGAUCUAUUUCGAUAUAAUUACACGCCUGCAAAAAGUUUUGAAAGAGCAGACUGCAUUGAAAAAGCUCAAUCUAAGCGAAGACUUUAUGGUGGCUGUCAACGAACCUAAAGGUUUGGUUGCUAUUUAUGACAAAAUCCGAGGAUCGCUCAAUGCAUAUAGUUUUGAUGAAGAGCGUACCAACCUUCACCUUCGAUACCGUAACAUUCUACUUCAGCAAUGGUACAACAAUGAUAUUCCUGAUAUCGCUCACUUCUUCUUUAUCAAAAAUACCGAAGACAUUUGUUUUGUAGAAGUAAAUGGUCGUGCACGAGUUUAUAACUUGAUCAACAAUAGUUUUAGACCCGGGAUAGCUCAGCUGCCAACUGAUUCGAGUCGCGUGAUAAGUACUCCAGAUGGUACUUGUUUUGUAGCAUUCGUGAAAGAAACGAUGCAGACAAAAAACAUUUCAGAUAAUUCCGUAGAUCCGGAAAUUACAAGUACGAAUGAAACAGAUGAUAAAGAAAUAACAAGUACGGAUGAGACAGAUGAUAAAGAAGUAACAAGUACAGGUGUAUUGGAUAGUGAAGAAACGAGAGAUGUCAAUAAAUCCGACGAAACUGUUGAAUCAGAAAAUUUUUUGAACUCUGACUCGUUAUUUGAUCAAUCAGAAUGUUCAACAACUGAGGUCGUUCGCGGAUACGUGUUUUUCUCUGAAAAAUUCACCCAAAAUGCGAGCAAAGUGGUUGAAAUUCCAUUUAAGAACCCGUCGAUCGAAUUUUUUCAAUUUUCAUUAUUUAAUAUGCGACAGAUUCAUUUGACGACGAUUGAUCAAUAUGAUGGCUCUUUCCAAUCAGCAAUUGUCAAGAUCACACAUGCAAAGACGAAAUAUCGAUUUGAAAGGCAAUCGGCAGAAACAACUUUGGGAAAAGUGAAAGUUGAAGCUCACAAUUUAUUUAUAAUCUUCGGACAAGAUACCAACUUUAAAAAGAACAUUCAUGUCGGUGAUUUCAUAGUCAUAGGCGAUGAAAGGUGUCAAGUUGUAGAGAUCAUUUCUGACAACAAAUUGAAAAUUUCAAAAGAGUUUUUUAAAUCCUCACAUUAUGGACAAUGGCAAAAUUUUUCUAUUGAACCAAGAACGAAAGUUAACGGGUUGCUCGAUGUGUACUCCAUGGUUUUCACAAAGUACGCGAUAUCAAGCCCAAUUGGUCGGGCGGAUAAUCCGUUAACAUUGACAAUCGUGAUAGAUCUUGAUUCAGGUAGCGAAAUGAAGGUGAAUGAAUGCGAAAUCAAGUUCCAGCGUUACAUCGAAAAAUCAUUUGAGAAGUUUAAGAAGGAUACCAAGAAGCCUAUCGGUCAUCUUAAAAGUUGGAUUAUUGAGUUGUUUUGUCUGAUUCCUUUGCAAAUCGCUAUCACGAGAGAUCAAGAAUUCAUCCCACUUCGAGACGGUGUGUUUACAUCGGAAAUAGAACAGGCAACAUUGGACGACGGUUUUGGACUCAUCGGAAGUGUAACAAAGUCCAUUUCUUUUGGGUGGUAUGAGUCGAUAUUUGACUAUUACUCAAGUCUUAAGGUGAAAGUUAUUUCUUCCAUGGGAGAGCAAUCCUGCGGCAAGAGUUAUUUACUAAAUCAUUGCAUCGGUUCAACCUUUGAUGGAUCUGCAAUGCGCUGUACGGAGGGAGUAUGGAUGUCGUUAGUCAAAUCAAAUGAUAUACUUUAUGUUGCACUUGACUUUGAGGGGUUGGCAAGUAUUGAGAGGUCGUCACAGGAAGAAACUUUCUUGCAACUCUUAAAUGCGGCUCUUUCAAAUCUUGCUCGCUUCUGUAUCGUCAUUAAAGACGUUGCUAGAUCCGACAGGAGUGAUAUUGUAGAAGAGUUUUAUUCAAAAUUCGCAAGAAUUGUUGAUAACGAGGAAGAAGAUAACUUUAUAACGAAGCUUUAUCGCAACAAAAUGACUAUAUUUCCUUGGCCAGUAUUCACCGAAUCAUCAUUUUACACAUCUAUUAAAAAAUUUAAAACCUUACUGGAUGGUCAAGAAUCUCAGUAUGACAACGCUCGAAUGUUUGUAGAAAAAAUUAAGGUGUUAAUGACAAAAUUAAAAGUGUGCGAUUGGGGAAGUGUUCAAGAGACGUUGAUUACUAUGAGAACGUUAGAAUUAAGAAUGCUUCUCAAAGAUGCAAUAUCCUUUGGUUACGAACAAAAAGACGACGAUUCAUUUCUAGAUUCGGAAAUCUCCCAAGAAGGUCAAUCAUCAGACCAAACUAUUAAGCGACUUAUGGGUCGUGACGACGGAAUUCCGAUCCCUGACUAUGAUGUGUUUCUUUCCGAUACCUUUGAACAUGUUGAUAAAUCAAUUAAAUUAAUGCCAGACACUGGACUUGUGUUACUUAAAGAUAAAGGAAACUUUGUUGAAAUUUCUGCUGAUCUAAGAGAGUAUUUUGAAAAAAAUGUUUAUUCCCGCGGAUCUAUCCCUGAUUCUGAGUGGAUGGUACAACUGGAUAACUUUUUCAAAUUGAUCAUAAAUCGGCGAAUAAGGAGGUUGCAGGAAUGGAUCACGAAAAAUACCUCACGAUUUCCAAAAGAUCACAAUGACGUCUACACCAUAAACUGUGCUCUCAACCAAGAAACUAGUCGUCUUAAUCUAUUUUGGAAUAUUUGCCGUCUUCGCUGUGACCAAUGUGGAUUAUCUUGUCUGAAGGCUAGCCGUCAUGACGAUGACGCAAGUCAUGAUUGUAUGACCGAUCACAAGUGUCAUCACCUGUGUGAAUUUAAAGAAGUUCAUAAUGAUGGGAGCAUUCCUCAAUGUGUAAAUUUUGCGGAUCAUCAGGGGAAACAUCGAUGUUCAACUUCACAUGCAUGUGGUGCACCUUGCGUUUAUUCCGGAAAAAGAAAUUGUCAAAAUGUGUGCGCGAAGGAUGCUGAUCAUCAUGAUGUUGAAGGAAAUAAAGUUCAUUUAUGUGAAUCAACAAGGCAUUUUUGCGGUGCUCCUUGUUCAUUGAAAGCUGUAACGCAGAAAGGAAAAUAUGAAUGCCGGAAUUUGUGUAUUCUUCCAUGCGAAGAGAAUCAUUCGAUCCAUAGAUGCGAAAACGAAGUGUGUCCAAUUGAGUGUCCAAUAGCAAAUUGUAGAGAACGAUGUGAAAGUACUAAUCAUUUUCAUGCUCUGGAGAAAAAUGUAUCUCAUUUUUGUGGUAAUGAACACCAAUGUCCUAAAGAAUGUGAGGAAAAGGGGAUCUGCAAGAUUGUAACAGAACCAACAGCAAUUGUUAAAGAAGAAGCCGAAUAUGUCAGCAAGUUUGGAAGCUUUAUGUUCACUAAGUAUUCACAAACUUUCCAAAGAUUGCCAUGUUGUGUGAAAAUUCCACCAUAUAUGUUUCAACAUAAGGGAAAACAUGUUCAUGAAAUAAAGAAAGAUCACUUGUGUGAUUCUUUGUGUCCAAAUGACAAAGGAAAGCAUAUCAGGGAUGAAGAGAAUAAGCAAAAUUUUCAUUAUUGUGAUGAAAAAUGUCCUAACUGUGCAUAUUAUUGUACCUUACCUUACGAUCAUGGAAAGAAAUACAAUACCGAACAUUCGACCGCACAUGGAAAUAUGUAUUUAACUACGUUUACCUGUGAAGAUGAUGAAUUCGAAUUUGAAGGUCAUCGCCUAAAUGUAGGGGAUAGAGGUGAUUUUGUUUUAUGCCACAAGGUAUACCAGCUUUGCGAAAAUAUUGGUCGUCACCGUCACAUAGAUUACUGUCGAGAUCCAGAUCUAUGCGAAGGACCCGGUGGAAGAAAAAAGGAAGGAAUACUGGAACACAUAAAUGAUCCAUACUCCAAAGAUGAUCGCGAGGAAUUUAAAAAAUGUGAUCAUGAGUGCGUUGACGAAAAGCACCAUAAGGUCGAUAAAUUUUCAGGAAAGGAACCAACAAAAUCUUUUUGUACGCAAGAAAUCUUUCAUCCCCCUUUGGAUCCUACUUCUAAACCUUCGACCGGAAUAGGUUAUAUCUCAAUUGACGGUCAUCAGGCAAGAAAUAAUUGUAUUUUCACGUGCGAGAAUCCCACAACUAACGUUGGUGACUUUCAUAUUGUAUUUGUGGUGGACCGAAGUGGCUCAAUGAAUACAGGCGAUUGUCGACCCCACGGGGAUAGGGUCAAAACAGCUUGCAUACAAAAAUCGCAUAAUAACAGAUUGGGUGCGGUUUACGAAGCGAUUUAUAGUUUUAUGGAAACUCGAAAAAGCUCGAGAAAAGCAACACGCGCUGGAGAAAUGUCUGUAGAUCAAGAUACUGUAUCACUUGUUCUCUUUGACACCGCUGCAUUAGUUGCAUUUGAGAAUAGAAGCCUGGCGAAUUCAGAUGAGCUCUUAGAGAUAAUGUUGAGAUAUAGUCCAGGGGGUGGCACCUACUAUCGCGAAGGAAUAAAAAAAGCCACUGACGUAAUUCAAGGACAUUAUGAUCCUUCAAAAACAAACGUAAUUAUCUUCUUGUCAGAUGGUGAAAAUAAUCCCCCAGAAAAUGAGCUGCGAUCUCUUUGCCAGAGGGAAAAGGAUCGCGGAACGUACCUUUUUCUUUACACGAUUAUGUUUACUGGAUCGAGCGGAUCGCACGCCCGUUAUGGACAGUCUUUACAAAAAAUGGCCGACAUUGCCUCAGAAUAUCUUCCUAGAAGCAAUGACAAAGAAUCCUUAAAAUGUCAAUAUGUUUAUGCUAUGAAUGAGAUCAUUCUCACUGAACAUUUUACACAGGUCGCUGAAAGUCUUCGAAAACAUAAGCCAAUGCUGCUAAAAAAGUAA